UCUGACAAAGGUUACCCAAAUGAGUAAUGAGGAGAAACAAAGAAAGAUAACUCUUAAUUUUCUGUGUGUGUAAUGCAGAAUCCAAAGUUCAGAAACCAGGCCAUGAUUGUCCCAGUCCAAUAUAGAGAGAUUUAAGGACAUUUACACAGAAAGUAGUUCAAAGAUACAUCAGGGAAUAAAAGAAUGUACAGGCACUUUGUAUGGGCGGAAGACUAACAUUAAUGAAAACAAUGUCACAACCUCACAGAAAACAGCCAAUUCACAUUGAUGGAUUUGUCAAACCAGGAUUUGAGAAAGUCUUGGAAGUAUUCAGGUAUAAUCUGGAGAAUGACAUUGAGAGAGGGGGAACUUUUGCGGCAUACUACAGGGGGGAACUUGUGGUAAAUAUCUGGGGAGGAUAUGCUGAUCGGAAGUCCAGGGUCAAGUGGAAGAAAGAUCUGAUGCCAUGUUUUUAUUCCACAACAAAAUCUCCCUCAGCAACUGUUAUAGCUCACCUGGUAGACAGAGGUUUCCUGGAUUAUUCAGAAAGGGUUUGUAAAUACUGGCCAGAGUUUGCAGCCAAUGGGAAAGAAGACAUCACCUUGGAAACACUAGUCACAAACAGGGCCGGGUUAUCAUGUACCGAGGAGAAGUUCACAAUGGCCAUGUCUAAGGACGACCCUGACAAGCUGGGGAGGAUACUUGCCAAUCAAAAACCGCUGUGGACUCCUGGCACUAACCAUGGGUACCACCCUAUCACCUUUGCUCUAUAUUUGGAUCAAAUUGUCAGAAGAGUGGACCCCCAAAAGAGGAGCCUAUCACAGUAUUUCUAUGAAGAAAUGGCAGUACCAUUUGAUCUUGACUUCCACAUUGGUCUUCCGUAUGAGAAGCAGUACAGAGCACCUCGUAUAGUGAUGAUGAAGAGCUUUGAUCAGGAGGAGUAUAUCAGAAACUUCAAAGGUGACCUCAGCAUUCUACAGCUAACAGGAGGGAACCCCACAGACUUCAUCGGGGUUCGGAGGAUGAAUGACCCAGAUAUCAGAGUACUCCCCGUAGGAUCUGUAUGUGGUCACGGGACAGCGGAGUCCAUGGCCAAGUUCCAUGCUAUUCUAGGGGAGGGUGGGGUGUGGCAGGGGAAACGACUGCUCUCCCAGGACUCGGUGGAUAGAUUCCAGCGGAUAAAGAGUGGUGGGUAUGAUCUGGCCUUUAGUAUGGAUGGAAUGUGGAGCUAUGGGAUGAUGAUAUUCCCAGUAAUGGAACAAGGAAAGCCGACAAUGUUUAUGUUUGGCCAUGGUGGAUAUGGAGGACAGAUGGGCCUGGCAGACACCACCUACAGAGUGGGGCUGGCAUACGCCACCAGUCACCUAGACCCCACAUCCCGUCCUGGGGCUGAUGCAGACAAACGCUGGCCAUCUAUGUACAAUGCACUCUACAAGUGUAUAUAUCAGAUAGAAAAUAUCCGCGUCCCCAGGAAAACUUUGUAUCUGUAUGAAGAUUAUAAGAAAGCCCAGAGCACGAGCAAAAUGUGAUCAUUUUCUUCUCUGUGUACAUGUAUUUUCCAUUAUUUUUUUUUAAAUGUCUUCUAAGAGAGGCUAAAGGAUAUAAAUAUGUACAGCCUCAGAGAUGCAAUAUUCCUCAGGGACAGCUGAGAACUAUUAAAAAUGGUUUUACCUUUUUAAAUACCUUAAAAGCAUAUGGCUUAUGUUUUUAUAUAGUAUACAUAUUCGUAAGUGUAAUUAAUUAAAACGUAAUUUAUUCAUGAUUUUCAAACCUUGUUAACUGACUUAAUGAUUAUACAAUUGUUGAAUUUUAUAUCCGAUAACCAAAA